AUGGAAAAUAAAAAAAUCGCACUGGCAACAAUUAACGAUAUCGAAACGGACAAAAAUGUAGAUGCGCUAAGCAUGAUCACAAAAAUCGACCUCAAAUUAACGAAUGGCAAAAAUGGAAAUUCAACAAAAAUAAGAAACAUAAACUUUGAGGACUCCCUAAGAAUGAAUGACGAACAGAUAAAAGUAAAGGAAGCUGUCUUCAUCCUUCACAACAUGGAAAACUUCAAUUAUUCAAUUAGUUACACGGAAAUUCAAGACAUAAGAAAUGAUUUAAGAUUGUUUGCCAUUAACAAUUAUCAUGAAAAAAAGUACACAGAUUGUUUGAUACAGUCUAUUCAUUCUUACAUGAUAGCCAAAAAGUAUUAUUCGAAAUAUUUUGGAUUCUACAUCACGGGAGACAUGAGCACAGAGUUAAUUCUAAUUUGCAAAUGCUACGUAUUAGUGGAAAAAUUUUCUGAAGGGAAAAAAUAUUUACAUGAAUUGAAAUUUUUAAUUGAUAAUACUCUUAUUUAUAUACAGAAAAAGGGGAUCCUUGAUGACCAACAACAGAAGAAGGUAGAACAAGUCAACAAUGCCAAUAAGGUCCAAAAUGUUGAUUCCAACUAUGAAGAACCUGUUAUUCUCUGUGGAACUGAGGUUCUGUCAAAUAUACUGUACAUUUUUGCAGAUCUAUUAAGUUUAUAUAAGCAAAAUGAAGAAGCUGAAUGUUACUACUUGAAAUAUCUCUUUAUGAUAGAAAAGCGUUUCAAGGCGGAUAGCCUAAAUUAUAGCGAUGCGCUAAAUGAUGUCUGCUCGUACUAUAUAAAAAUUAGGGAAUACUCCAAAGCUUUACCCCUUUGUGAACAAAUUCUGGAAAUAAGAAAAAAAUUCUUUGGUGAUUACAAUGCCGAAAAUCCAAAUGAAGUCAUUGCCGACUGUUACUGCAACUGGGGGCUGCUUCUUCGAUUAUCAGGAAAUACCAUGGAAUCCUUACACAAGUACUUAAUCGCAGUUGAUAUGAGAAUGAGGAUUCAUAAAACAAGACAAACUAUCCAAGUGCAGGAUAUUCUACUUUCCUUUGCCAUUAUCAUGCAACAACUAAACAACUUUAAGAUGUCCCUACAGCUGUACAAGGAAGUUUAUUCUUUUUACAAAAGUUAUUACGGCCCAGAUGAUAUGAACACGAAAGUUGUUUUCAAAUUAAUUGAAGAAUUAGAAAAGGAUAUCAUGAAAGAACACACCAAGGGUAAGAAAAAUGUAUCAUUCCUCGAUGCAGAAAAUUGCUUGGCAAGCAUUAAUGAAAAACUGAAGACAGACAAUAAAGUGGAAAAAGAGUGGAAGGGCUUUAACAACAAAUUGGAUAAUAUGUCUAAAAAGUCCGACGUGGACCCAAACCUGAUUCAUGAUCUAAUGAAUGAACAUGUUUUAAUCAAUACGAGAAAUAUAACCUCCGAAAAUCUAAGUAAUAGGAGAACAUUCAUAUCAAUGGAAGGAAAAUUAAAAUAUAAUGAUUUAAACUACUCUAGUAUUGAUGCAUAUAAACACAUGCAAUCAAAUAAAGAGUUCGAAAUUUUUAAGAGCUCAUUUUUCACAAUUUCCUCCAUUAACAGAAUUAAAUCUUUAUAUGCGGAUUCAUGGAAAAGUACUUUAAUUCCGUCUACUUACAUAUUACCGUUUGUUGAAACCAAGUUAGCUGAUGAUAAUUUGGUGAAAUAUGCCCAGUGCAAGGAUUUCCAAAAUGCCAUUAUUUACAAGAGAAAAAUUCUACCCAUAGUUAAUGUACCCCUAAUAGAAAGAGGAUACGUGAAAUUGGAAAAUGAUCAGCCGAUUAUGAUUUGCAACGAUGAUGCCAAGGUUUUACUUAGCGAAUGGAAUAUUAAAGAACCAUUUGUAGAUUCCAAGGGCAAGGUAAUUAGCAAAUAUGAAGAUCUAGACAAUGAAUUUAAUAUGUUCAUAUCCAUUUUAGAUGAAAAUAAUGAAGUUAUGCUUGGUUUUUACAACAACCCUUUGCUUGUGCCAAACCCUGCCAUACAUCACUGCCUCAUUUUGGGAGACCCCUACUAUUUUCACAGAUAUAAUCAAGUCAAUAAUUUGUACUCCUUCGAUAAUUUAAACAUGUUAAAUAAGAAGCAUUUCAAGAAAAAGUUCCAUCAACCCGGUGAGAUGAACCGAUUAAACGUUAAUGAAGAUAAUAGCAAUUUACAUGAUUCUGUGAAAUAUGAGAAAACAAAAUUUGGGAGCGCUAAACCCUUCGGAUUUAGGGCCAAGAACAGCUUUGAGGAGGAAAAUAGCACAGAUGGUGAAGCGAUGAAUAAGGAGGGGCUUGCUAAGCCGAAUGAAAGGCUGGAUAGAAGUAACCCCAAGUACCUCAUGAAGGGUAAGAACUUAGUAAACGAAAAAUCGCAAGGGAAAUCGAAGAAGGAUGAAGCAGAGGGGGAGGCAUUGAAGGAUGAAAAAAAAGGGAGAUCGGGCGAAGGAAGGAGCGAAGUAGAAGAGAGAGAGCAGCAAGGCCAACAGAGUGAGAGAAAUGAAUCAGCGAGGGAAUCACGCAGGGAAACCAUGAACCAUGUGCAGGAUCAAUCAAGGAGCAAUGCCCAGACCGAACUUGAUGAACUGAACCAACUCAUGAAGAAAAUGAAGUCUAAGGAGGAAAGACAAGUGAAAAGAACGUCAAAAAUCUUUAAUGAUCAUAAAGAAGCACCAAAAAAAAAGGUACCAAUUAAGAAAGUGCAUGUUCUGAAGAUCAAAAAUAAUAAUUCCUCCAGUUUAUUUUCAAGAGAAAAGUAUGCAUUAAAGAGUACCGGCAAAUUGAGCAGCUUAUUUUCAAGGCCUAAGGAAAGAAUAAAACUAAUUGGGUAUAGCAAUUCGAAAGAACAAGAUAAAUUAGAAAAAACGAUGAGAGAAAUUAAAUUAAAUAAGGAACCCAUCCUGAAGGCAUCUAUUGAUCAUAAUAUCAGACUGGAUCUCCAAAGUAACAUGAACAACAUGGAACAACAUGAUAUAGACAAUUUGAAGAGAGAAAUAUAUUAUGAAAAUGCACAGUCUAAUAGUCACUCCGAUUCGGAUGAUUAUUCCUCAGGAAAUGACAUCAAAAGGUUUUCUAGCUAUAAGGAAUAUCAUAAGUACAAAGGGAAGGAGAAAAAACCGUCAACCAAGCUUUCUAAGGGAAGUACUAGUAUUGGCGCAGACACUAUAAGUAACUGUCUUAACGAAAGUGACGAUUCUGUCGAAUCUUCCAGUGACUGCACCACAAGCAGUUGUAACCAAAGCGCCAGCCACAGGAAGGCGAGUUAUUACCGUAAGAAAAUUUACACGCAAGACUGCGGAAACGAUGAUCAUGACGACAUUAUCGAUAUAUGUAAAAUUCUUGAUGUUAACCAAUCGUACGAAAGUUCAAAUCAAUAUUCUAAUGCCAAUUCCCCAACAGGUAAAAAUGGGAAUGAGAAAAGAAGCACAUCAAGCUAUCACAUGAACUAUGCGAAUAAUGCAGCGGAACAACCAAGCGAACAAAGUAAUAGUUCCUUCAUUUCUGAGAAGAACAACGUUAGUGAAAUGUUCUCCUCUGAAGGUAGCUCCACGUCCAAUGGACGUAAAAUGUACAAAGAGCAUGGUAAAGAAAAAAGUGACGAUUUGGUCGAUGAUCCAAGCGCAGAACCAAACAUGCCCAGUAAAAACAAUACACUCCACAUGAAGGACAAAAUAAACGAAAUAAAAAAUGUAAACAAUAGAGACAUCUUGUUUAAAUUUAAAUUUAAUCAUGAUAGUUCAUUAAGUAAAGGAAAUGUAUUUUCCGAUAGUGACAUAAGUGAGAGCGAACUGUAUGCAAAUCCAUUUGGAAGUGAACAGGACAGCGGUACCAAGUGGCAAUCGAAUGGUUGUGAAAUUAUGGAAGAUGGACACUCUUCAGAAUAUUCAUCUUUCCAUAGGAAAAAGAAGCAAGUAGUGAGCUCAUCGAAGGAUGAAGAUAAUAAAAUAAAUACCUCCUGUGAGCAGGAGAAUUUACUCCUCAAUAAUAAGAAGAAAGGGUUCCUGAAAGAUAAGGAACUUACUGGGGUGAAGAGAACAGUAGAAGAAAUUGUACUCAGUGAGAACGAAGAAUUUUAUGAGGAAAUAAUUUUCAAGGAAGAAAAAAUAAAUGCAGAAAUUACAGAUACUUCUGAAACUCAGAAGAGUGAUAAUAUGACAUACAUGAAUGGUGAAGAGUAUUCAAAAGUGUGUUAUCAAAAUGGAUACUUUAGUAAAAUUUAUCAAGAGAGCCAACCAUACCAGCUACAUGAAGAAACAUCCUCACAGUCGCAAAAAAACGAACUAACUGAUAUGGAUAAAGAAAGCUUCACAGAUAAUUUAUACUUUAGAAGUAACUCCAUAGAAGAAUUAGAUUCUAAUUUGAUUACCAACAAGUAUAUAAGCAAUAAUAUUGAAAAGGAAACCUCAAAGGAGGAAUCCUUAAACGGAAGGAAUAACAUCACAAAUGAUUUGUUAAAUCAGGAAAUGGAUAACACGCCCAACACCAAGGCAUACAAAAAAAGAAAGGGGAAAAAAUUCGUAUCAAAUAAUAAACGCCUGGAUGAGAACGAAGCAGACAUAUCGUUAAGCGAUUAUCAUGAUAGUUAUUCAAGCAAAAAUGGCAGUGUAAAUAUAGUAUAUUGCCGUCCCCAUGAUAAUAAUGAGCAAACGAGAAGGGGAAAUACGAAUGAUAGACAUAUAACAGGAACAGAAUUAUGCUCCAAUUUAUCCAACAGCAGUGUACACAGCAUACGUACGGUGUAUAGUGAUAAUAACGUAACCCAAGAAUGUGACAUAAAUUAUGAUUACUCAUUUUAUUCAAACGUUGGCAGCGAUAAUAAUAGUAAUAAUAUAAAAGGAAAUAAAAAAAAAAAAAAAGCGAAAUUCCUACACCCUAAUAAAGGAACAAAAUUUUCUAAACUGCUUUCUUUUUUUUCGAAAAAAAACAAAAAAAAGAAACUCGAAAAAUCAAAUAGUACGUCCAAUGGUGAACCCGCCCCUAACGAGCUUUCCCAACUAAAUAAAGAAAAUAAAGAUGCACCUUUCCCAAACGACCUGUUCAGUAAUAUAUCAAUAGACAAAAAGAGGGAAGAGGAUGUCAGUUUAACAAAUAAUGCCAAACUAAGGAACCUGAAAAAAAAACGCCUUUUUCUGUCAGAACCGCUACACGGAAUGGAUAAACCGAAGUUGGGCAUCAAAUCGAAGGGAUUGGGGUUAAAAAAAAUGUUAAUGAUAAAAAAGGGCAUUUUUAGCAAAAAUAAUGUCAUUGAAAAGAAGGAAUCACUGUCCAAGGAUAAUGAGGUGGCUGCGGUCGAAGUAAAGGGGAAGAUGUCCCCUCUUAAUAAGUCAUCUGAAGGUGAUGCAGGCACUGGCGAAGCAGGUAAUUCGAAUAAUGGAAGUGAUCCAAAUAAUUUAAGUGAUGCGUCUAAAGCGUCCAAAGUACCUGAACCCUCUGGCGAUGCAAACACUAAGGACCAACCAAUCGAAAAAGCGAAUAUCAAGGAGCACAUCACCAAAGGAGCAAAAAGCAAGGACAAAUCUGUGACGAGGAGAAGCUCAAAGGAAAUCACAAAUGAUGACGAAACAAGCGAAAAUAAAAACGAAAUGUCUGAAAAGGUAGAGAGUAAAUUUUCAAAAAAAAUGAACCCUGUAAACGUUCCCAAAAAAAUAAUUGUAAAAAAAAUAGUUCCAAAAAUUGUAGUAAAUAAAGAAAUUAUUAUAAAAGACAAAAAUAACAUCAAAAAAAGCAUGGGCAUGAAGUAUGAAGUAAAAACAGUGAAGAAAAUAAAUGAAAAACUAGCAUUCGAUGUUUUGAGAAAAGUAAAAUAUUGUAAAAUUGGAUUUGAAUCGGAUGAAACCUUGGGCACCCUCCCCACAGUUCAUUUACUAAAUGAAGACAAAACCCUCAUAGCUAUCGUCCCCUGGCAACUGGACCUAACCUCUUUCUCGUUGGCAAAAUCAUCAGUCGAAGAAGAAACUAUCAAGAAAAUAGGAUUGAUGCAUAGAAAAUUGGACUUAUCCAUUGAAGAAAGGAAAAAUCAAGUGCUAAAUGAGAAUCGCCUAUUAACAGGGGAAGGGCUAAAGGAACUUGGUUUCACCUCCACACCAACUAGUAAAGUGGAUAUACAUAGCAUAAACCUCCUCGAAGGAAUAGAUACAAAUGCGCUAAAAAAUGCCUACAAAAUAGAGAAAAAAAGUGAACCAAAGGAAAAAACACCCACGCCGAAAAAGGAAGCACCAAAAAUGGCGCCAAAAGAAAAAGGAGGUAAAAAAGGAGGACCAAAAUUUAUGAAGGGACCCCCAAAAGGAGUAAAAGGAGGACCUGUUUUAGGAAAGGGAAAGGGUAAAGUAUCUAUAAUGAAGCAAGCAAAGGAUGAAGGAAAAACCAAAAGAUUUUUCUGGGAAGCCUUAUUCGAAGACGACAUUCCAGGAACGUUAUUUGAAGACAAGAAAGAAUUAAUAUCCAAAAUAGCCAUAGAAAAGGAAAGUGUAGAGAAAUCAUUUGCCAAAGCUGUUAGUAAAAAGGAAGAAACCGGAGAACUGAAAAUUAAGAAACCAAAAGUUAUUCAACUAUUGCCUGAUUCGAAGAGAGAAUACAAUAUGUCCAUUGCUUUAUCCAAAUUUAAUAAUUACACAUUCAAAGAAAUAAGGGAUGCUAUCAUGGAUCUAAAUCCAAAAAUACUUAACAUUGACAACACAGAAGUUUUAAUGCAGUAUGUACCUACGCCAGAAGAAUUCGAAAUUGUUAAGGAGUACAUACUCUCAAAUGGUGAUUUGAACCUAGUUGACAAGCCAGAACAGUAUGUUGCAGCACUUAUGGGAGUGCCACUAUUAAAACAGAGAUUGGAGUCGCAUUAUUUCGCUCUAUCGUUUAAGGAAAAUUACGAAAAUACCUUAACUCCGUUGGAAAAUAUACUAGAAUCAUGCGAAGCAGUAAAAAAUUCUACAAAACUUUUCACCAUUUUGUUUACCAUAUUAAAUGUGGGAAACACUUUAAACUAUGGAGAUCCCCAAAGGGGAAAUGCUUUCGGCUUUAAACUAACAACUUUGGCUAAACUAAAUGAUAUAAGAUCGACCACCAAGCCAGUUAAAACGCUUCUUCAGUAUAUUUGCGAAAUUAUCUUUCAAAAAAGUGAAGACACCUUAGAAAUUAUUGAAGAAUUGAGGUCCAUCGAAAAAGUUACCAAAACGGAUAAACAGAUAAUCGAUUCUCUUUUGCAAAAACUAAAAAUGGGAUCCAAUAAAAUUAAAAACGUAUUAGAUCUAGCUAAAAAUAAUCCAGAUGAUCCACUAUAUGAAGCACUCAAAGAAUUCUACUUUAGUGUAGAACCAAAAAUUGAAGAAUUAGAUACUUUUUACAACCAAACCUUUGCUGUGUUUAAGGAAAUUGCUCUAUACUUAGGCUAUAAGGAAAAAGAAGUUGGUAACAUACAAGUACAAGAUUUUUUCAAAGAAUUGUGGAAGUUCAUCCAGUCAAUUGAAUUUAACAGAAAAACAAUUAAAGAGGCGACUCUCAAGGAGCUCAAGAAAAAAGAAAAGGAACUGGAAAAUGCCAAGAAAGGAGCUGUCCUAAAUAAAAAACAGAAUUUCACCAUCGUUAAGAAGCAAGAUAAGGAGCCCAAAACGAAGCUGGAAAAAAAAACGUUCAAGAUAUUUUAA